CCGGAGCGGGAAGUUGGCGAAGGCCGCUGCUCCCGCCGAGGAGGAGGCGGCGGCGGGGCGCUGGCGUGCCGCUCAGGUGUCCGCUCCGCCUUCCGGCCUGAAUUUAGCUCCGUGAGUCCAGCGAGAAGGGGACCGCCGACACCUCGCCCUACUGCCGGCCGGAGCGCGACGCGUACUUCCACCGGAGGCGGGGCCCGUCAUCCCGGCGGCGGACCGACGGACCGACGCCGGGGACAGAGGGCGGUGGCCUCGGCGGAGGCGGGCCCCGAACCCCGGCGGCAGACGCGCGGCCUUAGGGGCGAGCAUGAGCCCCGGGACGCCGAAAGGGGGCCGCAGGGGCUGAACCGGGCGCGGAGAGGCCUGGCCCAGCCAUCUUGACUGCGUACAGCGGCCCGCCCGAGAGGAAACUUGCUGCGCCGCCGCCCUAGGUGCCCGGCAAAGUCACCGGCGCGCGCGGAGAAAGCGAGCGAGAGAGGGACGAUGAGCCGGGGGCCGGCCACUCUGCCCUGCGAGGGCUGAGCCCGGCCGGAGUGAGCGGGGCAGACCCGGGGACUGGGGUGCCCUCCGGCAGCCACCUUCGUCUCCCGCGGCGCCGUGAGGACGCGUCCCGCGAAGGGACCAGGCUAUCGGCAGACCCUCCCCCCCCCCGCUCCCGGGAGAGGCGGGAGAGAGCCCGGCAGGGCGCCCUCUCUCCCCUCCUCCGGCGCUCUUGCAGGAUCUCCCAGCGCCCCUCCGCGCGCCGCCCGGAGGGCGAAGGCGCGUGGCCGAGGCGCGCAGCAUGGAGUGGGGUUACCUGUUGGAAGUGACCUCGUUGCUGGCAGCCCUGGCGCUACUGCAGCGCUCCAGCGGCGCUGCGGCCGCCUCGGCCAAGGAGCUGGCGUGCCAGGAGAUCACCGUGCCGCUAUGCAAGGGCAUCGGCUACAACUACACCUAUAUGCCCAACCAGUUCAACCACGACACGCAGGACGAGGCGGGCCUGGAGGUGCACCAAUUUUGGCCGCUGGUGGAGAUCCAGUGCUCGCCCGACCUCAAGUUCUUCCUGUGCAGCAUGUACACGCCCAUCUGCCUGGAGGACUACAAGAAGCCCCUGCCUCCCUGCCGCUCGGUAUGCGAGCGCGCCAAGGCCGGCUGCGCGCCCCUCAUGCGCCAGUACGGCUUCGCCUGGCCCGACCGCAUGCGCUGCGACAGGCUGCCCGAGCAGGGCAACCCUGACACGCUGUGCAUGGACUACAACCGCACCGACCUCACCACGGCCGCGCCCAGUCCACCGCGGCGCCCGCCGCCGCCGCCGCCGCCGCCGCCCGGCGAGCAGCCGCCCUCCGGCAGCGGCCACGGCCGCCCGCCCGGAGCCCGGCCCCCGGGCGCCGGGGGCGCGGGGGCGGGCGCGGGGGCGGCGGGCGCGGGCGCGGGCGGCCCGGGCGGGCGCGGCGAGUACGAGGAGCUGGGUGCCGUAGAGCAGCACGUGCGCUACGAGACCACGGGCCCGGCGCUUUGCACCGUAGUCUUCCUGCUCGUCUACUUCUUCGGCAUGGCCAGCUCCAUCUGGUGGGUGAUCCUGUCGCUCACGUGGUUCCUGGCGGCGGGCAUGAAAUGGGGCAAUGAGGCCAUCGCCGGGUACUCGCAGUACUUCCACCUGGCCGCGUGGCUCGUGCCCAGCGUCAAGUCUAUCGCCGUGCUGGCGCUCAGCUCGGUGGACGGCGACCCGGUGGCGGGCAUCUGCUACGUGGGCAACCAGAGCCUGGACAACCUGCGCGGCUUCGUGCUGGCGCCGCUGGUCAUCUACCUCUUCAUCGGCACCAUGUUCCUGCUGGCCGGCUUCGUGUCGCUCUUCCGCAUCCGCUCGGUCAUCAAGCAGCAGGGCGGCCCCACCAAGACACAUAAGCUGGAGAAGCUCAUGAUCCGCCUGGGCCUCUUCACCGUGCUCUACACCGUGCCCGCCGCCGUCGUGGUCGCCUGCCUUUUCUACGAGCAGCACAACCGCCCGCGCUGGGAGGCCACGCACAACUGCCCGUGCCUGCGGGACCUGCAGCCGGACCAGGCGCGCCGGCCCGAUUACGCCGUCUUCAUGCUCAAGUACUUCAUGUGCCUGGUGGUGGGCAUCACGUCGGGCGUGUGGGUCUGGUCUGGCAAGACGCUCGAGUCGUGGCGCGCGCUGUGCACCCGCUGCUGCUGGGCCAGCAAAGGCGCGGGCGCGGCCGGCGCGGGCGCGGCGGGGGGCGGCCCCGGGGGCGGGGGCCCGGGGGCCGGCGGGGGCGUGGGGCCGGGCGGUGGGGCGGGCUCCCUGUACAGCGACGUCAGCACCGGCCUGACGUGGCGGUCUGGCACGGCCAGCUCCGUGUCUUAUCCAAAGCAGAUGCCAUUGUCCCAGGUCUGAGCGGAGGGGAGGGGGCGUCCGGGAGGGCUGGAGAGGGGGCGAGGAGACCGAGUGUUGCGGCGGGGGGGACACUCGGAGGCAGAGGGUCCCCCCCUUCACCGUGUUGAUUGCUAUUAGCAUGAUAAUGAACUCUUAAUGGUAUCCAUUAGCUGGGACUCGCUUAGAACAAAGUACCUGGCAUUGAAGGCUCCCAGCCCCAGCCCCCGUUCCUCUACCGACGGGCGAGGAAUUCCUCCCGCCAGGCGUUAAUUUGUCUUGGCAGAGGAGCGUGAGCUCUGCUGCCGCGUUUCCAGGACCCAAGGUUUGGAACCCUCGCUGGUUGCCAUUUGCUGAGCUUGAAGCCAGACCUACAGAUUUCACCUGAGGGACCUAGUUUCCGCCCUCGACUCUCCUGCGUAAACCCUCACCCCUAACACAUCCUAGAGGAGGGAUGACCGCGACCUAAUGGGAUUGCACGGUUUGGGUAUUCUUAAUGACCAGGCAGAUGCCUUAAGUAAACAAACAAGAAAUGUCUUAAUUAUACACCCCAAGUAAAUACGGGUUUCUUACAUUAGAGGAUGUAUUUAUAUAAUUAUUUGUUAAAUUGUAAAAAUGUGUAAAAUAUGUACAUAUCCAAAGAUAUACAGUCUGUACAUUUUCUGUAAAAAGUUUAGAGGCCACCCCUGUAAGAACAAAUAUAAGUAUUCUAUUUUGGCAAUAAAAUGACUUUUGAUAAAUGAUUUAAACAUUGCCCUCUCCCCCUGCCUCUCCUAAACUGUUAAACCUUGAAAGUGCUUUUUGCUGAGGGCCCGUUGGAAACACGGACAUUUCCUAGUUUCUCAUUAUGUACGCUGCCCUUAGGCAUGGAGAAAAUGACCUGUUAAACUCUAGUUCCUAAGUUGUUAGCAAAGUUGAAAUAUCACUAUUGAACUGAAAUCACGAUUAAGAUUUUGCACCUUUCCCGAGAAGGUGGUGUUUUUUGAAUGGUAGCUCUUUUCUGAUUCAUGGGUAACAACACUCACCUUAGUGUAUGUAAACGGAACUUUUGCAAGGCACUAAUUCCACUCCGCCUUGUUAUUUAUCUCGUAUGAUAUCACUAAAGGCUUCAGACUCCACGUUCAUUUCUCACGUCUGUGAUUCUGAAAGCACCUGCUCUUGCAGGACUGAACACACUGCUGAAGGGUAGGGUAGAGGUUAAUGUUUUAAGCCAUCGAUCACACUUUACAGUGUAAGUCACUCGACAGUUUGGUGGUAGAGCAGGCGCUCUUUACUGGAUUAAACUAACGGGUUAACAUCUUAAUAACCUUCCAGGCUUGUGUAUAUCACAUGUGCUGCUUUUCCUAGAGAAAAAGCUAUUGUUCCUCUGUCAAGACUAAGCUAAUUGAUUUGAGCAGAAGGCUGUUGAAUUAGCAGAAGAAUGCUUUGGCAAUUGUUGAACUUUUUACCUGUCUGCCUAGUGGCUCAGCACAUCAUUCCUUUAAGAGGAACCAAAUGAAUAGGGUUAAUCUGUAGGGAACUUGGUCUUUUGAGUUUGAAAAACUUUGAUCUUUUCUCCUCUCCAAAUGUGCUGUAUAGUCUGAAGUUUCUUUCCCUGCGGCCCGGCUCCUCUUGGUGCAGACCAAUUGGCCACUGCGGAGCCUUAAAGUUCUUCCAUUAAAGGGAUGUGGGACUUUUACUUUAAAAAGGAGAGAGCGCGAGGGAGAGGAAGACUUGUAACAGUUAGUGAAGACCAGAGGCACAAGUGCGCGCAGCCUUUUAAACAGCUUUCCCCGGCAUUGUUAGCCAGCCUGCAGGCAGCUAGGCAUGGGUUGAAGCAUUAUAGAAAAGGGCUCUGAAUGCCCUACAGGUGGUCUGUGCACAUAAUCCCCCAAUUUAAAGCGUUUUCCUUUGCUGGACAAUUGCAUUACAAAACUCCCUUCUUUUUCGCUCCUAAUUGAACCAAUGAACUAUUAUAAACUACAAGUUUUUCGUAAAAAAAAAAAAAAAAAAAGAGAGAAAACCUUCAGUGCCUAAAUUCUAUUGACUAAAUUCUGGCAAGUUUUCUGAACCGAACCUUUUAAAGCACCGGAAGUAAAAGCUUCUUCAGCAGACAUUCCUCUUUUUCAGAUAUUUUUAUUCCUCUUGCUUGUUAUUUUCGGACAGAUUAGCAAUAAUUUAAAAGUAAUUGGUAAGGGUGUGUGUUCAGACUGAAAAGAUAGCCCCAGGUCCCUUAUUAACCUGUCAAUCAAGAUAAGAAAUGGGCAGAUACCCUGCUAAUGAUGGGGGGCAUCAAACAUUGGGGGCUGGGUGGGGACUUGUUCGCUGCAUCCUGCUAAGAAGUUUGUUCUCUUUACUUCUCCUAAUAGGAAUAUUUAGGGGUUCAAAAAUUUUUUUCUUUUAAUGAAUAGGAUGGAAACUACUUCUUUGACUGGUCUUUGUCAUGUAAGAGGCUUUUAAGGAGGGUUUCUUGGGAGAAACAUUUUGCAAAUCCUUUCCAGAGUCAUUCUUGGUGUUAAUUGGAUUUUUAAAAUUAGAUAUACGGGAAGAACACCUACUUUAGCUAUCAUGCCGAUUAUAUAUAUUUUGUAAGUCAGAACCACUGUAAAAUCUUCACCUCCUGGCAGUUUAUAUUAAAGAAUUACUAUUUUGUAACUUGGGUACCAGUGAGUGGCCUGCGUCUAACCCAUGGGGUGGCUCUCAUGUGCUCUGUGUACAUAAACCAGCCAUAAACUUACACUUUCAGUUAUAAAGUUUUAAAGGCAGUUCCCAUAGGCUUUAUCACGUAUGUGAGAAGGAGAGACAGUUAAAAGACUAGUUAGCAUAUUGGUUUCCAAGUUUACCAGGAGUCUCACUAUUGACAUACUUUCAACUAUGUGACGGUGGUAAAGGUUCAACUUUGAAGUUUUUUCCUUUAUUAAUUCUUCAGUAUAGCCUUGUAAAAUGCCACCUUUGAUCACUUUUACAAAAUGGCUACAAUUCUGAGGACAGCUCUUAGGAGAAAGCUGCACCUGUCAUCGCAGAGGCUGAUUUUAGAGACUGAAAAUGAAAACAGAGCGCUAGUUCCUUGAAUUGCAAAGUUGCCAGUACCCAAAAGGUAUCUAUUAAUGGGAUUAAAGAUUCCAAAUAGGUUUGAGGAGUGGGAAAAGGGAGGAAAGAGUAUUUGGCCAUCAGCGUUAGAUGAACAUAGAUGGAUCCCUCACCAGGGCAUGGAGCCAGUAUGAGUUUCUGAAAACCUUGUCAAAUAUGGGGGGACGAGGAGGGGAUAAGGUUACUGUGUGGCUAGAAGAUCAAUGUAAGUAAAGUCUAAUAUGGUUAAAAGCAUUAGAAAACCCAAAGCUCAUUAAAAGUACUUGUGGCAGAAGUUACGUGAAACACUUUCUUUUUGUUUUAUAAUGAACGCAAUUUGAAAGUACCACAAAACAGAGGGGAAAGUGUAUUAGAAGUUUAAGGAGCAAACUUUGUCACCAUUACAGUGACACCUGUAUUGAUGUCACCUGCAUUGAUGACCUUAAAGGUUUCUGUAAGUCUUCAAAGUUAGAGGGAAGGAAAUAGGAUUGCUUUGCCAAAAG